AUGGCGUUGGCUUCUCGUCUGUCGACAAUGACAUGUGCUCCUAAUAUCAGGCUACAUCCUACCGAUAUGACCCUCGAGAUCACGGGAAACGUUCAGAGCCGCUUCAUGCAGGUUGCGGUGCUCCUUCACCUUCUCGACCCCGUUCGCGGCGAGCCCACUGAACACGGCCUUGAUUCCGACUCCGGUAACGUCGUCUGGCAGCGAGAACACAUCCUCAAACGCAAGUUCCUUGACAACUUUGCCCUCGUAUGCGCGACAAACAAGGACGGCGAUACAGUCUCGGCAGCGUCACUCGAGGAGGGAUUACCUGAGGGGACUGUCGUCCGCGUCGCUAGUAAUAAUGGUGUCAAAGAUUCCACAUUGUCAGGCCUUCGCGAUCUCGUAUCCAUCUUGACUUGA